GGCCUUGGGCCAGCCUCGACCCGCAUGUCCGCCGCGUGUGCGCUUCCAGCCUGGAGCCGGGGUGGAAUCGCGCCCACGGGGUCUGGGUGCGAGUCGGGGUGGGUGACUCGCGGGCGGUUCACGCCGCCCGAGACCACCUGCUGCGCGGAUUGAGGCACAGUCGCCCGGUGCAGGGAGGGUCUUUGUGGCCGGUAAGGGGUGCCCGAACGGCCCUGGCCUGCACUGACCCCGCGCUGGUCCGCCGGGGUUGGCGCGCCGGUAAGGCCCGAGGUCAGCGGCCAAGCUUGGUAGCUUGAGGGUCUCACAGCUGGGAAACUGCAGAAAUUGCUUGGUUUUGAUCCUGAAAGUUAUUUCUUCCAAACUUGCCAAAUUGGGUUGAUCUUUCUUCUUUCCUGCUUUAUGAGGUCCUUCUGCCGAAUCAGAGGCAGAAAGAAGACUUUUUUAUAAGAGGUAAAUACAUAAUUUAAUUCCCACGAUUCUUGUGUGUGCCUGUUUUUUUCAAUUAAGGUGUACGGGACAAUGGAGUAUAUGACAGAAUCUACCAACUGCAGCCCUGGGCACAUCUUAUGUUGCGAGUGCGGUGUCCUGAUUAGUCCAAAUCCUGCCAAUGUGUGUGUGGCCUGUUUGCGAAGUAAAGUAGACAUCAGCCAAGGCAUUCCGAAGCAGGUUUCUAUUUCUUUCUGCAAACAAUGUCAAAGAUAUUUUCAGCCACCGGGAACUUGGAUACAGUGUGCUUUAGAAUCCAGGGAACUUCUUGCUUUAUGUUUGAAAAAACUCAAAGCACCUCUGACUAAGGUACGGCUUGUAGAUGCAGGUUUUGUUUGGACUGAGCCCCAUUCUAAGAGACUUAAAGUUAAACUCACUAUUCAGAAAGAGACCUUGCACAAGAAGACUUUCUACUAUCUCGAACAGUUGAUUUUGAAAUACGGAAUGCAUCAGAACACACUUCGUGUCAAAGAGAUUCAUGAUGGUCUGGAUUUCUACUAUUCCUCAAAACAACAUGCUCAGAAGAUGGUAGAAUUUCUUCAGUUUACAGUUCCCUGCAGGUACAAAGCAUCCCAGAGAUUGAUCUCUCAGGAUAUCCAUAGUAACACAUACAAUUACAAAAGCACUUUUUCUGUGGAAAUUGUUCCAAUAUGCAAGGAUAAUGUUGUCUGUCUGUCUCCAAAAUUGGCUCAAAGCCUGGGAAAUAUGAACCAGAUUUGUGUGUGUAUUCGAGUAACCAAUGCCAUUCACCUUAUAGAUCCCAACACGCUACAAGUUGCAGAUAUUGAUGGGAGCACUUUUUGGAGUCACCCUUUCAAUAGUUUGUGCCAUCCCAAACAGCUGGAGGAGUUUAUUGUAAUGGAAUGUAGCAUAGUCAGAAAUGUAAAGCGCAGUGCAGGUGCUGGAAUGAUAUCAAAAAAACAUACCCUCGGGGAAGUCUGGGUACAGAAAACAUCUGAAAUGAAUACAGAUAAACAAUACUUUUGUCGCACACAUUUGGGGCAUCUUCUAAAUCCUGGAGACCUGGUGUUGGGGUUUGAUUUGGCCAACUGUAACUUGAAUGAUGACCACGUCAACAAAAUGAACUCAGAUAGAGUCCCAGAUGUGGUAUUAAUCAAGAAGAACUAUGACCGUACCAAACGUCAGCGUCGCAGAAACUGGAAACUGAAAGAGCUUGCAAGAGAUAGAGAAAACAUGGAUACAGAUAAUGAAAGGCAAUAUGAAGAUUUCCUUGAAGAUCUCGAAGAAGAUGAGGUGAUUAGAAAAAAUGUCAACAUUUACCGAGAUUCUACCAUACCUGUGGAAAGUGACACAGAUGAUGAAGGAGCACCUCGAAUUAGUCUGGCUGAAAUGCUUGAAGACCUUCACAUUUCCCAGGAUGCCACUGGUGAAGAAGGUGCAUCAAUGAUGACAUAAUGAGAUCAUGCUGUAGACUUUUCACAUCUGUGGAUUUCAGGGAAUUGGACAGAAUAAUCUUUUCUGAGUAUUCCAUCUAUGCCUCCAUACUGAAAGAAGAGAAAUUUAGUUUUAAACCUGAAUAAAUAUGAGUAUUUUGAUUGCUCACUCAAAGCACUGAAAAAGAUUGAUGGCUUUGAAGUUUUAGAUAACAAAAAAAUAUGGAGAAUUGUAAGUAUUUACUGAUAUUUAGGUCACUUCUGAACUUGUAGAGUUUUAUCACUUUGCUUUUUAUAUGAGGCACUGUAGUAUUUCCACAUACUCUGAUGCUAGAUUUGAAAGUUCAAAAGUUGUGAUUCCUUGGAUAUUAACUAGAUUUUCAAGCAUAUAACAAGCUUUUACAUUCUUUUCACAUUGAUUGAUUUAGUAAAAGAGCAUAUAAAAAUUAUUUUAGUAUGAACUUGUUAUGCACUUUGAUCCACUUUAGAUUAUUUUUGUGUCCUUGGAUUAGAGAUGUUGAGGUUCAGUUUAUCACUGGGCAUUUGGAAGGAAAGUUAAUCUUUUUAAUUUCUUUAUAAAGUUAACAUCUUUAAAUGCUGUUAAACUGGGGGUUAUCUUGAUUUUUAUUGCAGUAGAAGAAAAUACAUUUAAAAUAUUUGUGGAAUCUGAGCAAACAGAAUCUUUAGUUAUAUAAGUUUAAAUUUAAAAAAUGGUACUUUUGUUAAUUUUGCCUGUGCCAGCAGCUCAGGAAAGUAGCUGCUUAUGUCACAAAAAUGCGUCUUCUAUCAUUUCAAGGAUUUUGUUUUAAAUUUUGAUUUAUGAAUCGAGAAGGAAGGAAUUUGCUCUCUGUCACUGAGACAUGUCACCAUUCAAAAGAGUAAUAGAUUCCAGCAUAUUGAUGAUGAACUAAUAAAAAUGAGCUACAUGCUUUUUAAAACCA